AUGUUGGGAGUGUUUAGCAGGUCGAUCGUGUCUCCGCCGGACGAGUUGGUGGCCGCGGGGAGCAGAACGCCGUCUCCGAAGCUGACGGCGGCGAAGCUGGUGGCUCGGUUCCUAGAGGCCAACUCAUCGGCGGUUUCCUUACAGAUCGGCGACCAUGCCCAGCUGGCUUACACUCACUCCAAUCAGUCUGCUUCUCUGCCGAGAUCUUUUGCGGUUAAGGAUGAGAUUUUCUGCUUGUUUGAAGGAUCGCUCGACAACUUGGGGAGCUUGAAGCAACAAUAUGGGCUGGCAAAAUCUGCAAACGAGGUGCUUUUGGUGAUUGAGGCAUAUAAGGCUCUUCGCGAUCGGGCACCUUAUCCCCCAAACCAUGUUGUCGGCCAUCUUGAGGGAAACUUUGCCUUUGUAGUUUUCGACAAGUCCACAUCUACUUUGUUUGUAGCAACUGAUCAAUAUGCUAAAGUUCCUUUGUAUUGGGGAAUCACUGCUGAUGGGUAUGUGGCAUUUGCUGAUGAUGCUGACUUGCUUAAAGGCGCAUGUGGGAAGUCGCUGGCUUCUUUCCCACAAGGAUGCUUCUUUUCGACAGCUGUUGGGGGUCUUAGAAGCUACGAGAACCCCAAGAAUAAGAUUACUGCUGUUCCAGCUAAAGAGGAGGAAAUAUGGGGUGCCAAGUUCAUGGUGGAAGGGUCCAGCGUUGUUGCAGCCACAAAAUAG